AUAUCUUGAUAACAACUCAUGGCAUAUCUACAAAAUUAUAUAUACAUAUUUCAUUAAAUUAUAAUGUAAUAAGAAUAACAAUGGCAAGGCAAAUCACGACGGUGCUGAUAGAUCUUAGCGGGACGUUGCACAUCGAUAACACGGCUAUUCCAGGAGCCAUACAAGCAUUAAACAGACUACGAAAUGCAAACUUGUCAAUUAAAUUCGUCACCAACACCACCAAGGAGUCAAGUAAUUAUUUGUAUGAACGUCUGAUAAAACUUGGAUUCGAUUUACGGAAAGAAGAGAUUUUUAGUUCUUUAGUAGCAGCGAGAAAAUUAAUUAUCUCUCAACGAUUGAAACCGAUGUUGUUAAUUGAUCCAGCAGCAAUGGAAGAUUUUCAAGAUUUAGUAACAGACAAUAUACCUAAUGCAGUUGUGAUUGGUUUAGCACCAAGCAAAUUCAACUAUGAAGAACUGAACAAAGCAUUCAGAUUGCUUUUGGAUGGUGCUUCCCUCAUAGCCAUUCACGAAGGACGAUAUUACAAGCGUCCUGAUGGUCUGGCUUUAGGUCCUGGGCCAUUUAUCAAAGGACUGGAAUAUGCUAGUAAUACAAAAGCAAAAGUUGUUGGUAAACCGACCAUAGAAUUUUUUAAGACAGCUUUAGAAGAAACAGAUACAGCACAGGCUGUCAUGAUUGGAGAUGAUGUAAGGGAUGAUGUAGCUGGUGCACAGGCAGCUGGGAUCAGAGGUAUUCUGGUACAAACUGGGAAAUAUAGAACAGGAGAUGAGAAUACAAUUAUUCCGGGACCAACAAGAUGUACAUAGUCUGGAGUGAUGCCAUAUUAUUAUAAAACAGACGCAAUAAAUACAAAUAGAAAUUAAUAUCAAUUCUUUUCUGAUAUGGAGCUUUAUGUCAUUUUGCCUAUUAAUUUGUGUCAUGCGUUUUUAAUGAUACUUUUGAAGUGGGAAGACGAUAUAUGGCUGACAACAAGACUUUAAACUCUACAUCCAGGUACAAAAAGCAUGAUAUUCUCAAGCAGAUUAAUCAGGGGUAAUGCUCUGUUGUGUGAAUUUGGCCGCAGGAUGCAAGUGUAUAAAAGUGAGCAAUUUACAUUAAUACUUCCACACAUUAUUGCCUUAAAAUUUUACAUUAUGUUCUAAUACUCUAAAUACGCCUCGCUUUCUUUCGCUCCUGCCUCAACAUCACACGAAACGUUCGUCAAAUCCAGGUGAUCAUUUCCUAAGAAGGUGGCACAAGGUACCAUAUUCUGCAAGUAGCCUA